AAGUUCACACUGUUUCCUUUUUGCUGGGUCCAUUUUAACUGGCCGUUACUUAGCAGCAGAAGCCAUGUUUUUGGGGUGACAUCAUGUUUUGUCGCUGGUGCUGCAUUGGUUUGCCCCCACAUGAAGCCCUGCGUCAGAUUUUUGCAGCGGCUGUGAACGUAAGAGGGGAGCGUCACGCUGGAAACAAAUACCAAAAUAAAGAUCACGUGUUGGCUCCACUUUCUCUUUUUUCUUUAAUGGCUAGAGAGAAAUACCGCCCUCUGCUGGACGACAGAGAUAUGGCAAAAAUACGAGCGCCUCCGGACUAAACCAUUCAGCAAACCAGAGGGAAAUAAAACAGAGUUUCCGUUUAUUUGUAGGUAACAUUGUGGUCUAGUUUUAGAAUAUGAGUGAAAACAGUCUAGAUGAGUUAAAGUUGAGGCAAAAAUUUAGUGAGGCUUUUUGUCUUGGCGUGUUUUGGCCCCCGCGUCCUGAGUGAAAGUGGGUCGGUCCAGUAGUGAAGGCGAAGCUGCAAAAAAGAACGAUUUGUUUUCAAGGAGAGGAAGAAGCGUCGCCGACAUCCAGCGCGGCCGCAUCGCUUCAAACAGAAACGGUUUGAACAUUUCUAACUGCUCGCUGCCCUGCCGGCCCGCCAUGGCUCUGUGCGGGGGUGUCGGAGCCUUGGCUUUACCCAGCGAGCUCAUCGUCCACAUCUUCUCCUUCCUGUCCGACCGGGACAAGCUCCGGGCCUCGGCCGUGUGUUCCCGCUGGAGGGAGUGCCUGUUCUACCCCGCGCUGUGGACCGAGCUCAAACUGCGGAUAGGCGGCGGCGGCUGUAACGGCUCCGGUUCCGAUGAGGCGGCCAAGCUGGAGUUCCUCAUGCGGAAGUUCGGCUCCUUCGUGCGGGAGCUGCAGCUGGAGCUGGUGGAAGGAAACCUCAGCCCGCUGAGCAACGACCCGACGGCCGCCAGGAUGGAGCAGCCUCCCGGCGGCCAGGAGGCGCCCCAGCGCUGGAGGGACGCCAUGGCCACCUACUUGGACCAGGUGUUGUGUGUGUUCACCGGCAUCCGCAACAAUAGAAACCUGCAGAAGCUGAGUCUGUAUGGAGACACCUUCAUCCUGCAGCAGGACGGACCGCUGGACAUGUCCAGCCUGCAGCAGGUCCACCAGGGGGAGAAGAAGAUCAACGAGGUCCAGCAGCUGUUCAUGGAGCUGCUGUCCAACAGCCGCCAGCUGCGCUGGCUGUCGUGCAGCUUCAUGCUGGGUGUGGCGACGCCCUGCUCCCUCUCCUGCCUCUCCAACCCUGCAGCCGAGACGCUGCAGCACCUCAGCUUACUGGACCACCAGCUGGGCCCCCUGGUAUCCCCCUCAGAGCUGGACCGGCUCUCCAACCUUCACUCUCUGGCUCUGGAUUUCUGCGACUUCACGCCGGAGCUCUGUGGUCUGCUGGCAUCGCCGCGACGAGCUCCCCUGCACCGCCUGUCGCUGCUGCUCAACGGCGCCGCCCUGGAGUUCAAACCGCUGGAGGGCACGGCCACAGAGGACGACUGGAAGGCGCUGGUCCAGGUCAGCGCCAACCUGCGCGUUUACGUGAUGGCGCUGGAGGUGGACAGCUCGGAGCUGCUCCGCGUCCUGAAGCCCAGCCUUCCUCUGGAGCGCCUCCACCUGGACAGCUACAGCACGCUGGUGACGGACGGCGCCCUGGAGCUCAUCUCCCAGCAGUACAACAGAACCCUGACCCACUUCCUGCUGCUGAGGGACGGGCCCGGCUUCCCCGACCUCAGCGUCAACCGCAACGAGGAUCCGCUGGUGCUGCUGGCGUGGCGCUGCACCCAGCUGGCCGUCCUGGUGAUCCAUGGUUACACCGUGUGGUCCCAUAACUUGGUGGCCAUCUCCCGCCUGCGCGGCUCCAGCCUGCGCGUCCUCACCGUCUCUGAGGAGAGCGUGGACUUCGACCCGGACCAGUCCCUCUACGUGGAGGGCGACCCGGUCCACAACCUGGUGAAGGAGGUUUCUCUGGGCCUCGGCCGCGUCUGGCACCCCUGCCUGGACUCUGCCGUGGUUCUGUCUGAACCCAGCCAACACUUCCACCGCGAGCUGCGCGCCUUCAGCGCCGGCAUGUAGCGGCGCCGGACGGACCAGACCAGCUGGGAACGCAGCAGACCCGAGUAAACCAUGCAGAGCUCACACUCACAGGAUCGGCUUUUAUUUUAGUUUUUAUUUCUGAUCAUUAAAUUUGCUUCAGUCUUUUUUUUUCUUUUUUGUUUUUAAUUUAGAAAUUGGAACAAAUUCCUUCAUAAAACCAGAUCUUUAACUAGUCAGCUGAAAUGACUUUGUCCAGUCUGGGCUCAUGUAGUCAGGUCUGAUCCAGUCUGGUCUGAUCUGUGCUCGGCUGAUCCGGUCUGAUCCAGUCUGGUCUGAUCUGUGCUCGGCUGAUCUGGUCUGGUCUGAUCUGUGCUCGGCUGAUCCGGUCUGAUCCAGUCUGGUCUGAUCUGUGCUCGGCUGAUCCGGUCUGAUCCAGUCUGGUCUGAUCUGUGCUCGGCUGAUCCAGUCUGAUCCGGUCAGGUCUGAUCUGUGCUCGGCUGAUCUGGUCUGAUCCACAGUGGCAUCAGUUCUUAUUCCAUCACCCUAACACCCUGCGGAGCCUCUGUGUGAUGUAACUCUGAUCCCUGUCAGUUUUUUGCCCCCCCUGUGUGUUCUCUGUUUGUUUACUUCGUGGUGACCUUUCACCCCCAUGUGUUUGAUCACAGAUGCGUUGUAAUCCUGCUCAGACGCAGCAGGCUGGUGAUGGAGGCCAGGCCGACUGCUGCAGCUGCUUUUUGUUUCAGGUGGGGGUGUUAUGUUUUAUGAUCUGACUGGUUAUUGAAUGUGUUAUUUUUUGGUAUUUUAAGGUCAGAGGUCAUUUCUUGGCGUGUCAGGCGGUGUUACAGAGAGUUUUGUUACUUCCUGGCGAGCCUCCAGCUGAUCAGAACCAUCUGAUGUUCUGAUUUUAACUUUCACAGCCGGCCGACUAAGUUCUGGCUUUAUUCUUGACGAGUCGGGUUCCCGGCGUGUAAAACUGUUUGGACCGGGCCGGAGCAGCGGCUGUGUUCUGCAGGCCCGGUUCUGAAGAGCUGGAACGCUGAAUGUAAGCUGGGCUGAGCUUCAUGCAUCACGGAUUCCUUCCUUUAUUUUUUCUGGAACCUGCAGCACAUUAAUGGUUCUGGUUGCGCCACCUCAGGGUUCGGGUUCGGGUCGGGUCGGCCUGCGGCGCCGCUGAUGCUGAUGAGUGGGAUGUGCAAAACAAUCACUUUUCUUUUCCUCUUAUGUCACAGUUGCCUUGGAAACGGCUCCACGUUCUCCGGUGUAGUAGUUUAGCUGUUGUUGUGCGUCUGGCCAUCUGAUCGGACACUCCGGCCUGGUCCGGUCCGGUCCGGUCCGAGGCCCAAAGAACCUAAUCAUACAUUUGUUUUCAACGAUUAAGGUUGACGGAGAGACUCCGCCCCUCUGACGGCGGGACGUUCUCCUACAGAUGUCUUCAGACUGCAGAGAUCCAAAUCUGGUUCUGAACUUCCAGAACUUUACCGGCUGCAGAAAAGUCCCGGCGCUAGCAGCAACCGGGCCGUGGUUGCCAUGGUUUCCAGCUUGGUCUGGUACCUAGACUGAACGAAGCGCUGCACACUGACGGCUCUGGAUGGUUGCCAUGGUGCUCUGGUAUCAGCUGGGUGAAGGAGGUCAGAGGUCAGCGUAUUCUCCUCUCCGUUUUGUCAGAAUCUGAUUUUUGCAGCUUCGCUUUCGCUUCCUGCUGCGGUCGGCUCAGACAGGAAGUCAGACUGAGUGAAAAUCAGUUCCUGUCGUUCUGUGAGAGCAGAUCAGUGCCGACGGCCCGACUCGGCCCGACUCGGCCCGGUCCGACCGGUUCUGGGUCCAGCACAAAGUAUUCUGAAAGGAGACAGCUUGUGGAGUCCCGCAGGGCUCACAGCUCGGUCCUUUGGGUUUGGGUUUGGCGAUUCUGGUUCUGGUCGGUCCGCUCCGAUCCAAUCCAAACUGCUGUGUGCCUGUAAAGUUAGUUUAAUCCCUUUUUGCAGUUUUCUGGUGCAUCCAGUGGGAGUGUGUUUAUGUGAUGCGUGGCUGAGAGGAGACCUGUGUGUGUGAUGAAAGCGUUGCCAUGGCAACAGGAACGGUUGGCUCUCAGGGCGCGAAACGGAAACGAUCUCAGGCCUGCUGCUCGUCUGUGUGAAUUACUCCGGACCCGGUUCUGUUCUGAGGAAGAACCUUCACUCACGCCUCAGUGUCGCCCCCUGGUGGCGGUUUCCUCCUCCUGCUCUCUGGAACGGGUCGGUUCUGGAUCUCACAGGGAAACAAACCAAAGCGGAGCAGGAAGUGGAGGCGUGGCCAAGCAGAGUCCUUACCUCUGAUUGGCUCUCAGGGUCCGCGUCAUCAGGGGUUCUGGGCUCCCGUCUUCUUCUCCCUGUUUCUCUGUGAGGAGCGAGGCAGUGUGAACCCUAGGGGUCAUGGGGUCAUGGGGUCGUGGGUUCUGGCUCCAUGAAGCUGUAAACUGAUUUAGCUGCUAGGAAAGAACAUUCCACAUGAAGGACGGGGGGCUCCUUCCUAAAUAAUAUCUAUAGACAGAUGAUGCUCGCUAUAUUUUUUACCCUGAGUUGUGUGUUUGUGCAGCAGGUGGCGCUGUUCAGAGACGAUGCGUCUUCCUCCUUUAGAUCAGCUGAUUUCACGUUUCCAUCCAGACUGGGGGGGUUAUCGUUCUGACAUGUUGACCUGUUAAACUGAUCCAGGAGUUAUUAGGCGACCGUUACCGCGGUGACAGUCGCCUCUGUGUCCUGUGUGUUACAUGGAGCAGAUGUCAGGCGGGUGUGGCGUUGUCCAAUCAGAGAGCUGGCCUCUAACUCGCUGUGUCCCUCUGCUGGACCCGCUCAGAACCAAAGUAGCAGACGGUCGGAUCUGCAGGGACGCCAGAUUUUAAGUUUCCCGUCUCUUAUCUCAGAUUCCUUUAGCUUGAAGCUGAACCGGCUCCUCCUACAGAAGCUCAGGUCAGAAGGAGCGUGCAGAGAGCUGGACUCAUGCAGGAAUGUAAAUGUGAGAAAACACUGGAUGUGCAGCAGAGGAGCUCCUCAUGCGACCCGAUGCUCUGGCGCGUUAACCUCACCAGCGGUUCUGAUGAAACUCCUCUGGACGUUAAAGGAAGUCAGAGCCAGAUCUGCUUCUGGCUGCUGAACCAAGUCCUGAUGGACUGGAGAGCCAAACGUCCGGUCAGGCGGCCAGGCCGGCCUGCUGCCCAGUCCAGCAUCACAACUAUGCAAGAGGAAUGCGUUUAAUCCAAACUUUAUUUUUCUGUUUUUAUAUUUGCUUUCCAUUCUCUCGCCAUCACAGAGCAGCAGUGUUAGAUGUGAACUAAGAGAACGUGCAAUGACAAUACUUGGCCUUACGAUGAUGAUUUCUGAGAUCUUGUAAUCAUUUUAGUCUGAAGAUGUUUUGAAGUGUGACCAGCCAACCCGGCGGCGGCGGCGGCGGCGGCGGCGGCGGCGGCAGCGGGUCGCUCUUGGUCUCCGUGAGACCGGCUAGACGGCCCCCGGUUCUAUUGUGGUACGAAUGUUGUGCAUUUGUUUCAGAUCAGGAAAAGUUUGCAAUAACAGCAGUUUUACAAGCGGCCACAAGGGGCAGUGUUGACGGCGCCCGGCUGCGCCUUUAGAAAACCAUAGAGGAAGAAAUAGAAACUAUAUAAAGAGAUGAAUAUAUAUGAAGUCCCUCAGUGCGUAUUUGUAACGGUAUCAGCGACUCAUCGUGGUUUUUCCUCUUAUGCAACUCUUGUCCGGGUUCAGAUUCUGAACACGAAGUUGAUUCUAAAACCACACAGACUUUGUACAUCAGACCCCAUGUUGUUGUUGUUUUGGCUUUUAUUUUUGCAGAAAUGGUUUUACUCUGAGUGUAACUUCCUGUGUGACUGUUUGCUGAUGUAAACGCUGGGUUUCUCCUUCCUCCUCCAAGCGGAGGCGCAGACCUCCUGACCCCCGACCUCCAGAACACACAGCUGGACCCGCCUCACACACAAAUCCACCCAGUCCCUCUGAAAUCUGCACAGAUCAAACUUUGAGCUCCAACAAAUGAAUCUGACCUGAGAAGGGUGCAGCUGGUUUCAGACGUCCCAGCUGGGGGUCAGGGGUCGUCUCUCCUUGCGGGGGGGGUUUAAUGGGGAGGCGAGGGGGCAGCAGGACCUCUGAACUGACCGGGGCGGAGCAGAACGGACGGUCGGCCUGCUGACUGUUGAUUGGAAAUGAUGCUGAAUGAAUGAUUCUCUUCUUUUAGUCAGUGAAUAAAAACAUUAAAAAGUC